AUGGGACGUAUGGCCGAUGUGAAGACGAAUGGUCAUGUCGUGUGGGAUCUUACCUCGCCCAAUUCCAAUGAUGAGAGAAACGACUAUUUCGCUCUCGGGGAUUCUCUUCCACCCUUUUCCUUACUCACUUCAGAUGAAGACAGGGAAAGGAAAGCAGAGGCGUUUAGUCCCGGCACAUACCAUGUCGUUAUGACUCCAGACAGUUUCUCCUCACUGCCUGAAUAUGCAGACGAUGCAGUCGAGAAAUCUAGAUCCAAGUCUGCCAGCGAAUGUAGGAGCUCGGCGGCAAAUAGCCCCACAUCUGCAGUCAGAAGCGAAUGCAGUGUGAGAGGCGAAGAUCCCAAUGUGGUCAUUUUGAAGACUUUUGAAGAUGUCACUCGGCGCUCGCCGUCAAAUGGGAAGCUUUCAAAGUUCUCGCCAACCUCUGAGAUCUCAGAUCCAUUCUGCAAUCUGUCUCUGUCUCCUAUCUUCACUUCUCUUCCCUCACCAGAUGUCAAAGCCGAGGAAAUCUCAUUUUUGGACCCGCGCCUCGAUCAGCAAGCUCAAGACUCUACCCUCUUUUCACACUUCCGCCAUGUGGUAUGGAGGCAACUCUUCCCUCACGACCAUAGGCUGGCUGAUUCUUCUGGGUCUGAUAGCCACUUCAUGACCCUCAGUGUGGACUUCCUAGAGCAGGAAGCCAUCCAUUUUCCUCCACUCUCCCAUGCUAUGAUGGCCGUAUCAGCCCUUAGUCUGUCGCACAGCGGCACAGGUCACAAUGUCGAUGCGCUACAAUAUUACCAGCAAGCGUUUCCAUCUCUUCAAGUCAGCCUACGGAACAAUGAUGAUCUUGUUUCGGAUGGUUUGUUCCUCACUCACUUCCUGCUUCUCAUUUACGAGAUCGCAGCCGCUGAGCCGCACGGCUCAAAUCUCUGGUCCCACCACAUCUCUCGUCUCCUCCACAUCGCUUUCCUGCGACGAGAAAAGUACGGCCAGGAACCCCACCCCUUCAUCCUCUGGUGGGUAUCACACAUUGAUCUGUACGCCCUUUUCAGUGGAGCAGGGACAGGAGAGUUCGUCCGUGCCGUCAUCGAUCACCAGAUGCUCCCCGGAUCAGAAUCUCUCCUCUAUCCCAAUGCCCCUGAGGGCUACAGUGUAAUCUACUCGGAUGAGCAUGAGAGCUUGCCCAUCAUCAUGCGUCUAUAUCACGACACAUUCCGACUGGCUGCUCAACUUGGCUUCUUGGCUAGUCAGCUUCGUCACGACAAGCAAAAUUUACCUUUUGCCGAGUUCAACGAGCGAUCACAAGAAAUCAGUGACCUUCGUCUAGCAUUCAGCAGACUUUGGGAAUCUCCUGAUGUUGCGUUCUUACAUCAACAUCAGGAUAGUCUCCCGCGGCGGUCUAGGGAAAUUAUGCAACAGUCGGCAACACUAUAUCAUGCUUGUCAGCUAUUUUCCUACAGCAGCAUGUGGCCUCGCCAGCGUGUUGAUGGCGAAUACUCCUCUGACGGAGAAAUCGACCACCAUGCAACUGAGAUCUUGCGUUUAGCCGAGCGAACUACACACACUCGCCGAGCUGAUCGACACUUUUUAGUAUUUCCCUUGUUCUUGGCUGGUGCUACAGCCUCGGCUAGUGGUCUCAAGAUGAUGGCGAUGGAAUUGAUGACGAGUAUGGAAGAUGAGGAAGAUGGUAUGGGCCGCAAUGCUGCUACCACUCGUGCUAUUCUUCAAGUCGUUUAUGAGCGACAAUUGGAGCGACUUAUGCGUGUAGGUCAUACAUUUGAUGUUGAUUGGUCUGAUCUGAUGGCCCAGGAGGGUCUUCAAAUGGUCAAUUUCGGAUUUUAA